GCCUCGGUCCGGAGCCGCCAGGGCGGCGUCAAGGGCCGCAUAACGACGCCUGUGAGCGGCAUUCAUCGCACAUGAUUGAUUUCCAAUCGAUGCGGCAGCGAGAGCAGUAAUGGCAGCCGCAGUCCAACCCACAAUCGAGGAGCUCUGUGAAGCCUGGGCGACCGCGACAGACGCCGACGCGGUCGGAGAGCUCGCGGACGAGCUGGCGAGACGGGCGCUGGAUGUGCGCGAUCCCGACGACGUCGCGCGGUUGUGCUCGGCAAUCGUCGCGCGGCUGAAUGGCAGCAAAGACGACGACGACGAGAUUGCCGCCGUGCUUGACGCGGUGACGUGCGGGCCGCUGGGGACCCCAGGCGCGCGCGGCGACGCACUUCGACGGGAGACUCUGGUCUUCCCGGGAGGCGUAGCGUGGGGCCUCAACGGCAAGUUCCACGGGCCGGCGCUGCGGGCGGCUUGCGCCGAGUUCUUGCUCGCGUGUGCGCGGCGCGACGCGGAGCGGGCCGGCCCCGUGGUCCGCCUUGUCGCCGAGACCGUCGCCGACCCGUAUUCUUCCCGGGAGACGUGCCUCAGCACUGCCGCCGACCCGGCGUCGCGGCGCCUCCGGGCCCUCGUCGCUACCUUCGGCCCCGCGGCGCCGUCAUACGAGUAUGUGCUGCGGAGGCGUCGCGUCCCUGGGGGCGACAUCGACCACCUGCUGAGGGUGGCCGCCAGAAAGUUUCCGAGCGACGAAGCGUGCGAGGUCGCCGAGCGGCUCGGCUCAAUACUAGGCCGCGAGUUCUUCGAGCGCGACUGGGAGGCGCGCUGCGUCUGGCGCCGCGUGGACGGCUCCGGCGGCGCUCGGUCGUGCUUCCACGGGUCCUCACCGGCUCUGGCGGCCCCGCGGUGGCCGCCGCCGGCGGCCAGCUCAGGCGACGAACCCGCGCCGCCACCGGCGAAGCGUGCGCGCCGUGGCGAGGGCCAAGGGCCAUUGCUGGAGGACGUGGAGAGCCUCUGCGCCGGUCGUAUGGAAGGCGCGUCGUCGAUCGACCGCGCGCGCGGCCGGGGCGAAGCACUUGCGGAGGAUUUUGCCCUGGAAUUGCUGGAGGACGACCGCCCGCCGCUAGAUGGUGUCGACUUCUACCGCGUCGGCGGUUCCACGGUCGUGCUGAAUGCGGACGCGCGGUGGCGGAUUUGUGCUCAAUGUAGAGACGCCGUGCAGAGGAGGUUGCAUGUCGCUUGCUCUGUCAACCUCUAUGCGACGCCGGCCGGCGCGACGACGCUCGAGCCGCACGCUGACGACCAUUGCGUCUUCAUCGCGCAGCUGUCGGGCGCGAAGCUGUGGCGAAUCUUCCUUGAUGGUGAGCAGUUUCCGGACCUCGGCGCGACGCUACCGCGGCCGGCCGACGACGCCAACUCUUUCUUCGUCACGCUGUACGCGGGCGACGUGCUGUAUUGCCCCCGCGGCGCGCCGCACGUCUGCCAGGCGCUGGACGGAGAACCGAGCAUCCACGUCUCGGUAGGGCUCGACCUGGACCCGACGUUGACGUGGAUCAGUGCCCUCCAGACGUUUGUGAGCAAGGCGAGGGGUGAUCGCCACCGCGCCGAUCUGAUCGAAGCGGCGCGCGCCGCGCCGGAACUGCGCGGCGCGGUCCUGCCUGCGCUGAGCUACGAUUUCGAUGAGGGGAUGAGCGCGGCGCGGAAGCGGGCGGCAGCCGCGCUCGAGGCCCUCGGGCGCUCGGACGCCGCCGAGGCCGUGCGGGCCGAGCCGUCGGAGUUGCGGUGCGGUGCCGUGAUCGGCUCCCUGGCGCAUCGCGUCCGGACCGCACUGGAGCAGAGCCUCGCCGUGACCACAUUGCUGCGGGCACGCGCGGGCGCACUCUAGCACCGUUCUGUUGUGUAA